AUGACAAGACCAUGGGUACUGGUCUUUUUGCUUUUGUUUAUUGUGUUCACGUCUCAGUUAGAGUGGAAACAACAAUUUGGUAAUGAAAUUGAAGCAAGUCCAAACAUUUCCCAGAAAGACCAACAACAACAUAGUUCAAAACGAGAACUUGUCAAAGAAAAGAUAAUCCUCUCUCAAGAGAAGAAUAUUCAGAAACUUAAUGAGCUUGUCCAGAGUCUCCAAGAACAGUUGCAACACUGUAGGAGUGAAAAUUAUGUUCUCAACAGCACUGCAAUCCCUUUGACUGAACAUCUAAAUGAGCUCGAUAAGCAACCACUAUUGGAGGACUAG